AUGACUCUCAAUGCAUUCCGCCCUGGAUCUCGAGCUCUACAGAGCUUCAGUAGAACUCAAUUGCGUUCCUACAGCCAUGCCUCAACACCUCUCACCUCACCUUUCGCACCUCGCCAUCUUCUCUCCAUCGCAGACCUCACUCCCUCCGAGCUUACUACUCUCGUUCGCUCCGCACACUCGCACAAGCUUGCACUCAAAUCUGGUGCUGUUCCUACCUCCCUCCUCAAUUCAUUGACUGGAAAAGUAAUUGCCAUGCCAUUCUCCAAACGUAGCACUCGUACGCGUAUCUCUACCGAAUCGGCGGUGACCACAAUGGGCGGACAUCCUAUGUUUCUUGGGUCCGGGGACAUUCAACUCGGUGUCAAUGAAUCAUUAUACGAUACUUCAGUUGUAAUUUCAAGCAUGACUGCAGGUAUUGUAGCUAGAGUGGGACCUCAUUCCGAUGUUGCUGGUCUCGCAAAGUGGUCGAGUGUACCAGUCAUUAAUGCUUUAUCCGACGAAUACCAUCCCCUACAAACCAUUGCCGAUUACCUUACGAUUCACGAAGCAUUCCCCUCGCAAACUUCCAGAAGCUCAUCUCAAAUCACGCCAAGCUUGGGUUUGGAGGGCAUGAAGAUCGCCUGGAUUGGAGACUCAAAUAAUGUUCUUUUCGAUCUCGCAAUUGGAGCAAUGAAAUUAGGAGUCAACAUUUCGGUUUCUUCGCCAGAGGGUUAUAAAAUCCCAGAAUAUAUGCGCAAGAUCAUACAAUCUGCUGCAGCUACAACAGAUACACCGGGAACACUUACAGAGGUUUCUGUGCCCGAAGAGGCUAUAAAGGAUGCGGAUGUAUUGGUGACUGAUACAUGGAUAUCGAUGGGUCAGGAAGAAGAAUCAGCCAAGAGACUCAAGGCCUUUGCAGGAUACCAAAUCACAGAGGAAAUGGCAAAGAGAGGUGGUGCUAAGAAAGGAUGGAAAUUCAUGCAUUGUCUACCUAGACAUCAAGAUGAAGUCGACGAUGGAGUGUUUUACGGUCCGAGAAGUUUGGUCUUCCCAGAGGCUGAGAACAGAGUUUACUCUGCUAUUUCUGCUUUGGAAGCAUUCGUAGUUAACAAGGGCAAAAUUCUUGAGAAGGCAUUUUAG